AUGUCACCCAACGUCUCUUUGGCUAAUCCUACUGGUGAAAAUCAAACCGUCCAAACAACAGAUAAUGAUCAACAUAACGGUGUUAUUGCAAAAGAAUCUCAGGAUAAUCAAUUAUCAAUAGCACAAAAUGAAGACGAACAACAACAAGAUGAAGAAAACGAUGAUGAAUUUAUUCGAAUUACUGCUGCACAUCAGAUGUUAACUGAAGCACAAACAUAUGACGAACAAAAGAACUAUCCGGCUGCAUUACAUCUCUAUCGUAUUUGUGUUGAUCUUCUUCUGGAAGAAUUGAUGUUUACUGAAGGUACAGAUCAAUCACGUGUUUAUCUACGUGAAAAAUGUACAGCAAUUAUGGAUCGUAUUGAUUUACUUAAAACAAUGCUUGAACCAAUUCCAGCAUCGAUACCGCCACCGGCCAUAACCAACGAACAAACAACAAAUCCACCUACCGACGAAUUAAGUUCACUUCAUUUAUCUUAG